AGUUCUAGUAAUUUGUGUUUAAAACAGUGUGCGACAGAUUGUCUACUUGUGUGAAGAUAUAACAUACAAAUUGAAUUGCAGCAAUUCAACGUUGAACCACAAGCAUAUUCUCCUGAACACACACAAAUGCAGUGAAGUGUUAGCUGUCAUAACAACAAACUAUUUGUACAAUUCACAAUCAAUGUCAUGUGUCAAUCAAAAUGAACUUAGAGAUAAAUCAAUCGAAUAUUAGAGAAACCAUUGAAAACAUUGUACAAAUAUAAAAUUGUCACUAUUUUACAAUGUUUACAAUUAAAGGGGAGUCGAGUGUUUAACGCAUGUGCUAGUAUCCUCCAUAAACUCAUUACUAGUCUGUGGUAAUGAUACAACUAAACGAAAUAAUUUAAUAAUAAAUUGUCUGUAAAUAAAUCACAAAGUGUGUUUUUCUACUGUGAAUAUGAGACUUGUGUAUUAAGUUAUAAAUUAGUGCAAGAGGAGUUUGUUCAUGUCAUGAAUCGCCAUGUGGACGUAUAUGAUGGCAGCUGCCCGAGGAGAUCGGGCCAACUCUAUGAUGGCGAGACGUCGCAAUGAAGUUGAAUCACCUAAAUAUGGUUAUAAUCUUAACCGUCCUAUGUACCGUUCCAUACGUCACAAUAAUGGACCAUCGUCACAACAAAAUUGUAAUGCUUCAACAUUGGGUAGCUCAUAUCCUUAUACCACUUCAACGAGUCAUCAUUAUGGCACGAACCCAUCAUCAACGUCUAGUUGUUCACAACAUCAGCAGCAACAUCAUCAUCAUCGUCAACAGCAUCAUAUUAUUGGUAUUGAUGAUGUCUAUACAAAUCCUGUUACAAGUGAAAGUUAUGAAAUGGAAGAUGGCACCAGCCUCUUCUCGCCCCUCACACCUACUAGUACAACAAUGACAACCGAUACGGCUGUACUUAUAGCCAGAAAACACAUGAUAUCGAGUCAACAGAAACAUGGCUCACAUGCGAAAGGUAGUGGAGGUAGUAGUGCACGAAACUAUGCUUCCAGUGGUGAUGCUGAAGAACAAAGUUGUUUUGUUGGUAGCCAGGCGGCCGUUGUUCGAUUGCCAUCACGUAGAACAACAAUAACCUCAACAUCAUCGGCAUUUUAUCAUGAAAGUGAUGAAGAUGACGACGAUGACAACGAUGCUGAUGGUAAUUCUAAUGGUGACAAUUAUGGACAAAUUGUCAAAUGUUCUGAUAGAGUAACAAAGCCAACAACAUUAGUAAUUGAUCAGGAGAAUCGUAGUUGUUGUAGUAGUAGUAGAAGAAAUCAGCAAAAUAAAUGCCACCAUCGUCGGCAUCAAAAGGACAUUAAUGAAGAUUUUACUAUGGAUGGUAGUAGCGAUGAGGAUGACGACGAUGACGAUGAUAUGGUAAAUGAGGACGAUGAUGACGAUGAUGGGAUAAGUGAGCAAAAGCAGGCCAAUUACAAGGAAAACAUUAUGGAAAAUGGCAAAAAAUUAUCACAGGAUCCCAGCAAACGUACAAAACCCUCAACACUGCGUCGCACUUUAAAUGCACUGCGUCAACGUUUAACGAAACGUAAUCGUUCGAAACCACCCGAUUGGUUUCUCGAACGUUUUUCUAAUACCACAAAUACCGACAAAAUUGGUAAGACACCACCUGCCGACAAUAAUAAUGAUGGCAGCAAUACAAAUCCUGCCGAUUCGGGUCCAGCAUGUGAGAUACGCGGUUCGAGUCGUUUGUGUAAUCGUUUGUCGGUUAAUCCUACUUUACAGUCACAUUAUCGGUGGCUGGCAAUUGUCUCCUUAGCUGUGUUAUACAAUAUCAUUUUUGUGGUGGGUCGUUCUGUAUUUUGGGAAAUAAAUCUGCGAGCCACUCCAGUCUGGUAUUUUCUAGAUUAUUUAUGUGAUUUUAUAUAUCUUUUGGAUACGCUGGUUCAUAUGCAUGAAGGUUACUUGGAUCAAGGUCUUCUAGUGCGUGAUGCCUAUAAAUUAAGACGCCAUUAUUUUACCAACAAAGGAUGGUACCUCGACGUAUUGUCCAUGUUACCCACGGACCUCUCCUACAUCUGGUGGUCACCCAGUUCGUGUGGUGCUCACUUUUUGCCUUGUGCUGUUAUAGUACGUCUCAAUCGUCUACUACGACUGCCACGCAUGUGGGAAUGGUUUGAUCGUACUGAAACAGCUACCGGUUAUCCAAAUGCCUUCCGUAUAUGUAAAGUGGUCUUAGCCAUAUUGGUGCUGAUACAUUGGAAUGCUUGCAUGUAUUUUGCCAUUAGUUAUGCACUGGGUUUUGGUACCGAUAAUUGGGUAUAUCAUUUGAGUGGUGAGCGAAAUGGUACAUUACAACGACAAUACAUCUAUAGUUUCUAUUGGUCCACAUUAACGUUGACAACGAUUGGCGAAACUCCAACGCCCGAGAAUGAUGCAGAAUAUUUAUUUGUGGUAGCAGACUUUUUAGCGGGUGUCUUGAUAUUUGCUACAAUUGUCGGUAACAUUGGCUCCAUGAUCUCGAAUAUGAAUGUGGCGCGUGUUGAAUUUCAAAAUCGUAUGGAUGGUGUUAAACAGUAUAUGGCAUUUCGUAAAGUGGGUCAUGAACUCGAGGCACGUGUCAUACGAUGGUUUGCCUAUACCUGGUCACAGAGUGGCGCUUUAGACGAAGAACGUGUCUUGGCCGCACUGCCCGAUAAGCUUAAAGCUGAAAUAGCGAUACAAGUACAUAUGGAUACACUGAAACAGGUGCGCAUAUUUCAUGACUGCGAACCGGGUCUCUUAGAGGCUUUGGUAUUGAAACUAAAACUACAAGUUUUCAGUCCUGGUGACUAUAUCUGUCGCAAAGGAGAUGUGGGCAAAGAAAUGUAUAUCGUUAAACGUGGAAAACUAUCAGUGGUGGCGGAUGAUGGUGUCACUGUUUUUGCGACUUUAGGAGCCGGCUCAGUAUUUGGUGAGGUGUCAGUGCUGGAAAUUGCAGGCAAUCGUACUGGCAAUCGACGUACGGCCAAUGUACGUUCGCUGGGCUAUUCGGAUUUGUUUUGUUUGGCGAAACGUGAUCUGUGGGAAACAUUAGCUGACUAUCCGGAAGCACGUGCCACUCUAACCGAAAGAGGUUGUCAAUUGUUGCGCAAGGAUGGUUUAUUAGAUGAACAAGUUUUUGCCGAUUCACAACGCGUCCAUGACAGCAUAGAAAGUGGCAUUGAAAAAUUAGAAGUUUCUGUGGAAAAUCUUAACAUGAGACUGGCACGUCUAUUAGCUGAAUACACAGCAAGUCAAGCUAAAAUGAAACAACGUCUUGCAAAACUAGAAUUAAAUUACCAAUUAACACAUAACAACUCCCUGACUGAACAGCAUGCAAGGCCACCACGUAGUGGUCGACUAUAUUCAUUGCAACCGAAAAAACGUCCAAGGCCAAGACCAGUGACCGCUUCAAAAUCAAUCGAUAACAAUAAACAGAAUACUUUGUAAGAAGUUGAAAAUAUCUAAAACAACAAAAUACAUACUAAAUACAUACAUAUGUAUGUAUAGAAGAAAUGUAAAUUAUAAAAGUACUUAAUUACGCAAAAUGGUCAAAACAAAAUAAUUUAAGUUAGUAACACUUGCCCGCCCCUCUUUAGUUCCAUUAAAAAGAAUAUAGAACUAAAUACAAAAACAACGAGGUUUCAUCAGAAAUUUAUGAAAACUAAUUGGCCAUUAAUGUUAAAACAUUUGUAUAUACCUACUGGCAAAUAUCUCUAUGGGAGAAUUAAAUAUGUUAAUCUAUGUAUAAACAGUGUGUACUUAAGUAUUGGGUGGUACAGUUAAUGCUAAAAGUUUGCGUACGUUUUUGAAAAAGUUUAAUGACUAUGGACUUUUAAAAUUUCAACAUGAUUUAUUUUAUACCUUAAGUAUUUAGAAAACUAAAUUGGUGAAACUAAAUUUGAUUUUUAUAUCAAAGUCGCUAAUUUUAAGAAGAUUUCCCACGAUAUAUAAAUAUUUUAAUGCAACACAUUCUGAGUCCUAUGGAAUUUUUUUAAAACCAUGUUAGUUACAAUGUAUUUAAGAAAAUUUAUUAUCUUCGUGGAGGGUCUUUUGCUUUCAUCGCUUUACUAAUGGUUAUGAGACAAUUAGAGACGUUUAAGUCAUUUUCUAAAGAUGAUGUGUUCUAGAAUCCAGUGAGGACCGCUAUGGUUGAAAAAAUACCACUUAAGGGCACUUUACACGAUCACACUUUACGUAAGUAAGGUCUAAUGAAAAAAUAAAAUGAAAUCCCGUCCGUAUAACGAAAAAUAUAAUAAAUGGUAUAAAACAAUAACAAAGUAAGAUGGAAACAGCUGUUUCACUUUUUUGUAUGUGAUUACAUACACAUACACCUCUGAUCUAAUGCGAACUGCUUGGUUUUUUGAAUUAUUUAAAAAAAAAUGAAGAGAGCCAUACAAUUAUCAAAUUUUCCAUCCGUAUUCUCUCUCAAUAUGUGAUGGCUUCAUUAUAUAUUGCAUUUAGACGAUCCCAUCCGUACUUAUCUACACAAAAUUUUGACAGAUCAUAUUACUUGUGUGAUCGUGUAAAGACGGCUUUAUUGUAAAUAUUUUCACUAGACUUGGAUCUAAUUUAAUAAAUUCCUAUCUGUACUUAAUGUACAAGAUAGGAUGAUUAGUCAGAUACGCUCUAAUCGAAUCUGAAAGUCAGUUAUAUAUUAAUUAACAAGGAAAUUUCAUUAUUUCAAUUAUUUCCGAUGUCUAUAAGACUUUUAGGCAGAUAAGAGUUUCAGAUAAAGUUCUUUUUUAAUAAAAUAAAAAUUGAGAAUGGACAUUGUUAUACAUAUAUUGUUAGUAUAUUAUAAGUUGGUCUAGCCGUGGCUUUUGUGUGUCAAAAACACAACAGGUCUUUAACGGUAAAAGCUCUCCCUUAAUUUAGUUUGAUUGACCCUAACCCCCAUUUAAGGAUUUUAGCGGUCCUAAUAAUACAAGUAUAUUAAUGAAAUUCGACACAAACAAGUUUUUUUAUAAUCCAAAAUCUUUUGAUCAAAUUUCCCAAGAAUAUAUCCAUUGUUUCAUUCCUUUCUCAGAUGUCUCUGGUAGGAAUCGAACGCACGUCUUUCGUCUUACAACAUUAUUCCGUAUCGAACGCAUGUCUUUCGUCUAACAACAUUAUUCCGUAGGUAAUGUUGUAGAAUUUAAAAAUUUCAUGUAUAUUUACUUUUACUACAGACUGUUAAAUGAUACACUUUUUAAAAGUAAUUUGUUAUUAUAAAUUAAAAAUAUUUUUACCAAGACAUGUGAAACUUUACCAAAAGUUUAAAAAUUUUAAAAUAAUGAAUCUAUUGUAUAAACUUUAGAAUCUUUUAAACAUGAAAAUAUAGACGCAGCAGUUCGACGGAACAGUCCCGAACGUACCACUUAACUUACCACUUGUGGUGGCCCCUAGCCACCUGACUACCUAGGUGACCAACCAGUCAAUCGUCACUCUACACUCUAGUAUACUAUGGGACAUCAUUGUGACGAUUGACCCAAAAGAUAUAAAUUGGAGUCAACCAUAUUAAUAGAAAGUAACAAUCAUUUCUACAAAAGAUGGGUAAAAUAACUACCUUUGGAAGUUCAAUAAAACGAAAACAACUUUUAAGAGUCUAAUCUUUAGAUUACUUGGAGACAGUAAAGAGACGAUUGCCUCCGCUCUCGCUUACAAAGGGGACAUUAAAGUGAUGACUGUCCUCAUUCUCGAUUACAAAGACUUUAUUUGUGACGAAAUACCAAAAAACAUACGAAUAGGAGUCAGCUAUGUUUAAUGGAACUAAAAUUUAAAAAGUUCAAGUGUCUACACUCUAGAAUACUAUGGGACAAUAAUGUGAUGAUUGACCCAAAAGAUAUAAAUUUGAGUCAACCAGAUGGUGGCAUAUUAGUAGAAAGUAAUAAUCAUUUCUCCAAAAUAUCGGAAGAACAACAGAAAAAACAACUUUUAAGAGUAUAAUCUCUAGGUCAGAUGGAGUGAAGUACGUUUUAUACCGUUUCAAAAAACUAAGACACUUCAAUGCUUCUUUGGACAGUUGGAAAAUUUGUUUAGUCCAUGGGACAUCGCGCUGUAUUUUCAUGCCCAGUGCAUUAAGAGUUUUUGAUUCCUUAAUAUUUACAGCAUCCUCUUUUUUAAAACGUUAUAACAGCGCCAAGACAAUUUUAUUAGUCAAACUGCAUAUGCCAUCAGAAAGUCCAUUCCAUCAACUUUAAAAUAGAUUUUCUCAGAUAUUUUCUUCGUGAAAACUCAUGGUUUUUGGUUUUUAUACCAUAUACUACUUUUAAACGAAAAAAUUGCAUCCACACCCAACUUACUAUGUUGUAAUCAUUUUCUGAUGUGACUUAACGAUGUCUGUCCUUCAACGAAUGUUAACUACAACAGAUUUUAUAACAAUUCCAAAUAUAUUUUCAUAGACCUUCAGAUUUUCUCCAUCACAUCUGGGAUUUGGUGUCCUGUAAUUUGAGAAAACACCAUUUGUGGUGCCACACCAACUUUAUUGGUAAAAUUUUGUAUGCCCUCUGAAAGUCCAGUUUAUCAAUUUUAAAAUAGAACUUUUCCAUCUAGCAUGUCUUCUUUCUUCUUCGAGAUACCUUCAUCUUAAGCUAGAAAACUCAUGGUUUAUGGUUUUUAAGCUUUGGCGUAAAGAGUAUUAUGAUUUGUGAAUAUUGUUUAUAAUAAGCAAAAAUAUAGGAUCCACAUCUAUCUGACGAUGUUGUAAUCGACUUAAAAUCACUUUCUUCGUUAUAAAUCGUAUUAAUGAUGUCUGUCCGUCCUGUAGCUUUAACGAAUGAUAUCUCAGCAACUACAAGAGAUUUUAAAACUUAAAUUUUCCCCACAACAUCUGUGUUUUGAGAUAUCGUGCCUGUAAUUUGAGAAACGUUAUUCGACUUAACGAUGUCUGUCCGUCCUUCAACUUAAACAAUUAUCAGCUAACACCUAACACUUUCUCAUUCGACUUAACAAUGUCUGUAACUUUUACGAAUGACAUCUCAGCGACUACAAGAGAGAAUUCAAAAGAUAUUUUCAUAGGAACUCAGAUUUUUCCCAUCACAUCUGUGAUUUGAGAUAUCGUGUCCUGUAAUUUGAAAAAAUGCAAUCUGAAGGUCCGUUUUAUAAACUAUGAAAAAUAUGCUUUACAUCCGAUAUAUCUUCUUUCUUCUUCACCCAAAGUUUCAUGGUUGAACUACUACACUGCGUGGGAAUAUUAUACUGUGCAAAUACUGUUUAUAAUGUAUAAAAAUAUAGGAUCCAUAUCAACUUGAUAAUGUCCGUCCGUCAGUCCACUUUCACGGAUGAUAUCUCAGCAAUUACUUAUAUGUGAGUUUAAAACAAUUUAAAAGGUAUAUUCAUAGGGAAUAAUGUAAUAAAUUCGAGUGUACGACAAAAUACAGAAUUUAUUGUUAUAUACAGCUUUAGGUGAAUGUAUCUCGAAAAACAAAGAAGAUAUACAAGUUAUUUAAAAGUUAACAUAAUAAACUUUCAGAUGAUAUAAAACAUUUUAUAAAUAAAGUUGUCUUCGAGCUGUUAUAACGUCUCUUAUAAAGACCAAAGCAUGUGGUUUUUCAGACCAUAGGACACGAUAUCUCAAACUUCAAAUUUGAUGGAGAGAAUUCUAAGGCGGGACUAACUUAUUAAGAAAAGCAUACUAUGGUCUUUGAGUUAAAAAUUUGUCGGUCUUUGUAAUGAUAUAAUUACUUAAUAAACCUAAACCACAAUAACUAUAAUAAGAAUAUUAGGAAAAUUUCUUAAAAUUUAAGUCAAAACUCUAUAUCUUGAAAAAAUCUUAAAAAUUCUAAAGAAAUAAAAAAUUAAAUAAAUAAAC